CCCGGCUGAGCUGCCCUGACGCCCCGGAGGGAGGGACCCGGAGGAGAAGGGCAGCCUCCCCUUUCAGCCCUGUCCAGUGUUAGGCUCCCGAACCGUCGUGGAGGAGACAGAAACCGAGAGGUGGAAACAGAGCCCAGGGGAGGGAGGAACUCCACGCGACUUUCCUCCUCUGCAAACAGCCCGAAGAUGAAAUCGGCGUCCCGUAGCUGGUGAAGGAGGCAGUAAGAGGAUUCUUCAUGAGAAAAUGCUGCAACUGAAAGCUGGAAUGCAGCAGCCCCUAGAGAAGGGACCUGCUGAGAGGAGAGUGGGUGAGCAGCAGACUCAGCCAGAGGAGACAGGGUCCUCCGCUAUGUCCCAUAGCAGGAAGGUAGCAAGAUUUGAGGAGACGCAGGAAAGAACACUCAGGAGACAGGAUGAGGAUCUCACAAGAUGUUGUCUACUAGCUGAGAAAUGGAAAUGCCAUUCCUUGAUCCAGGAUCAGGCUCGAGAGUUGACCCACCUGCGGCAGAAGAUGAGAGUGGGGAGAACUUUCUCUUCCCUUCUCAUUCAACAUGUCAGGAACACAGUGAAAACCUUUGAGGAGCUCCUCAGCAGCAAUAAAAUUGACCACUGCAUGGAGCAGCACUUCCGUGAGCAGCUGGCCAAGGGGAGCCAGCUGGCAGAGAGCCUUGCCAGCAAAUUCAGCACAGAUGACUGCAUAAGUGAGAAGAAUCAAACAGGACACAUGCUGCGGACCCUCAGUAUCUUAAGGGAGAUGCAUGCAAAGGGUAAAGUGCCAGAAGCUCUAAAGACCAAACAGCAGGCCCAGCCCCAGACUCUGCCCCAGAUCCAGUCCAGCAGCCAUGCCCAGUCUGCUGCCCAUCACUCCUCCAGCAGCACCUCCCUGCUUCAUGAAGAGCAAGAAGUACACCCUGCAGUGGCUGUGGCCAAUGUCAGCGCAGCCACUCCUGCUGAUUCAGCAUCAUUGCUCAGCGACCAUUCAGAUGCCAGAUCCACCCAGCCCUCCUAUCCUCUGAGUGGCACCACACAACUGAGUGGGACACCAGAACCUGGGUACCAUGGCAGCAGUGGCCCAUGGGAUGAGACGAGGCCUCAGAAAAUGAACGCGUCUGGGUGCCUCUCCUCCUUCUCCUCAUUGUACCGGCCCAACUCCAAGCCUUCUGGGGCUGACCUACUGGAAAAGAACCUUGUUGAGAUCCAGAACCUGCGCCAGCGCCUGGAGGAGUCCGUCUACAUCAACGACCGCCUGCAGCAGAGGCUGGGACACGUGCUCAGCAGUGCCGACCGAGGAAAAACAGUACCCAGUUGCAGAAGCAAGCAGAAGAGGCUGGAGAGUAAAAAAAUUGCCCAGCCCCACACGGGCCAAAAUUGCAGUGCCCAGUCAGCUCCAGAGGUCUCCCCAGCCACCCCUCACACAUGCGCUCAGAGUCACUCUUGCUGCUCUGCUCAGGACACCUUGUGACGUGAUGUCUGGAUGGUCCGGAAGAAGGUUCUCCAGAACUUACCCAGCCCUAUCAACAGCAUUCUUGGGUGUGAACUUGGAGGCAUCGACAUCACCUUUAAAUGAAUGGAUCAAAUUAAUAAAUUCUUAUUUAAAAAUUA